CGAGUGACAGCUGCAGCCGCAGGAAGAGCGGGGAUCGCGGGCUGGCAGGGGAGCCCUUCGCGCCUGGGUGGGCGCAGCGAUCGCCACGGUCAGCUCUGGAGAGCGAAGCGGCCGAGAGCCAUGAACGGGACCUUGGACAGCCUGUGCGACCCGGCGCUGGGCCACGAAGCCGUGUUCAUGUUUACUUCGGAGUCGGUGGGAGAAGGGCACCCGGACAAGAUAUGUGACCAGAUCAGCGAUGCUGUGCUCGACGCUCACUUGAGCCAAGACCCAAAUGCCAAGGUCGCUUGUGAAACGGUGUGUAAAACUGGAAUGGUGCUACUCUGCGGGGAGAUCACUUCUCGAGCUGUGGUGGAUUACCAGCGAGUUGUACGAGACACAAUUAGUCAUAUUGGUUAUGAUGAUUCCGCAAAAGGGUUUGACUACAAGACUUGCAACGUUCUUGUAGCAUUGGAACAACAGUCGCCUGAUAUCGCCCAGGGUGUUCAUCUGGACAGAGCUGAAGAAGAAGUGGGUGCUGGGGACCAGGGCCUGAUGUUUGGCUAUGCGACAGAUGAGACAGAAGAGUGUAUGCCACUGACCAUUGUGUUGGCUCACAAGCUGAAUGCCAAACUGGCUGAGCUGCGGCGCAGCGGGGACCUCCCUUGGCUUAGGCCUGACUCCAAAACCCAGGUCACAGUGCAGUAUCUCCAGAAAGACGGCAUUGUCAUUCCUAUGCGCGUCCACACUAUUGUAAUCUCUGUGCAACACGAUGAAACCAUCUCUCUGGAGGCCAUGCGCAAGGCCCUGCGGGAGCGUGUCAUCAAGGCUGUGGUGCCAGCCCAAUACUUGGAUGAGGAAACGGUUUACCACCUUCAGCCCAGCGGUCGGUUUGUCAUCGGCGGCCCUCAGGGCGAUGCUGGAGUUACUGGCCGGAAGAUCAUUGUGGAUACUUACGGAGGAUGGGGGGCUCAUGGCGGCGGGGCCUUUUCGGGCAAAGACUACACGAAGGUGGAUCGGUCGGCAGCAUAUGCGGCCCGCUGGGUUGCGAAGUCUUUGGUGAAAGCAGGGCUGUGCCGUCGUGUUCUAGUCCAAGUCGCUUAUGCCAUCGGUGUGCCUGAGCCGCUCUCAGUCUCGCUGUUUACUUAUGGCACCUGUCUAAAACCCGAGAAAGAGUUGCUGAAUAUUGUCCACCAGAAUUUUGACCUUCGACCAGGAAUAAUUGUCAGGGAUCUGGAUUUAAGGAAGCCAAUCUACCAGAAGACUGCCUGCUAUGGUCACUUCGGCAGAAGUGGAUUCUCUUGGGAGAUUCCUAAGAAACUGGUCUUUUAACAGUCGUUGGGACACCCCUUAAGCUUAACUGGGACAAGGUUCCAUUACAAAGGGUGCUUCCAUUGACCAUUUUCUCAGCUGGGAAAAUAAACAGAAGAAAAAUAUUUUCAUGGAAACCGCCAUCAUUUGUACUCUCAACAUCUUGCCACAAAAAAAGAAAGAAGAUGGACACCAUUUUUCUUUUUUCCCUACUGCUGCUAACUUUUUUGGGUGCCACUUACAAAGACAAAAUACAAUGGACACAGAAAAAAAUCUUUGCCUUCAAACCAGUUCUGCUAAAUCCAAAGGGAAAGAAAGAUUCCCUCUGGUUCAAAAAGCUCACUCACCGUUGACUGGAUAAUGAGAAAUUUUGGGGUGCUGUUUCCAGUCAGUACUACAAAUCUUUGCUGAGCUCUUGGUAUGGAGAAGGGCUAUUGGCCUGUCCCUGAAUUUCAUCUUUGGCAAAGGAUUUUGUCACAUUUUUAAGUCCCCCCCCCCCCCCCCGCUGUCCGUUAUUCUAAAGCCUUUGGGGAAGGCUUUUGUGACAAAAUGUACUAAAUGAGGCACAGGUCUGGUGCCUUUUAUCCACACACUUACAUAUUGGUAAAGUUGCCAGAGCCCAUUCUAGACAGGUCUGUCGUAUGCAUAAAAGGCUAAAACCAUGUUGCUAGCAAGUAACACACACCUACAACAUGCCCUCCAGCCAUUGGCUGAGCUGCUGUGAUGUCAUGAAACUUUUGUGACAUUCUAAUGAAUCAACAUUAUUGAAACAGCAUAAUUUCUAUAAGGGGCUUGAAAGGUCAGUUUGAUGGGGAAAUCAACCCAUGUGAGUACAGGAAAGUCUGUAGUAUAGGCAGGGAGGGAUAACAAUGGCAAAGAUGUGGGGGGAGGGGGCUGAGAGCUGGGAAAUGGAAUAGGUCUAGAAGCAGAUACCUGGAGGAUGUGGCCUCACAAAGUAGCAAGCUGAAAAACAGGAAACAGAUGGGAUUGAUGGGAGAGAAAAAGGAGCAAGGAAUUGACAAAAUACUACACCAAUAAAAGAAUCUAGAGGGGAAACUUCCAGACAUGAAACAUUUGGGUCAUCAAGGCAGUUUAGAUGGUGGAGUGACAGUGGGUCAAGGGGCGAGAGGGUGGAGAGCUGGGGUGGGGGAGGUGGUGGCUGUGGCCUUAGAUUUUACUUUGGCUCAAAAUUACCAGCCACAUUUUUGGUUGCAGGUCUUUAGUUUUUUAGCCUUUGGUUGAGUCACUGCCAGGAGGGGCUCAGUGGGUGUCAGUUCCCCCAACACAGCAGAUACUUUUGAGAGGGAAAAGUUCUCCAUAGCUCGACCAUUAAAGGACCAGAAACCUGGUCCGGAAUGGGCUUUGGCACUUCUGUAUAUCAGCACUUCAGAAUCUUAUUUCAGAGUUUUAUUUUACUCUGUAUGUGAAAUGAAUGUAUUAUAUAAAUGAUGGAUAAGGAUGCCCGGCUGGCAUUUACUGUUGCCAAAAAGGUUCAGUAUUGUGAACACAAGUUUGCUAGCCGUGCUGCUUUUCGAACUUGGGAACAGAAUACCCAAUCAGUGCCUUUGUACAUGAACUUCUUUGCGACAGAUUUCAAUAGUUCUCCUCCCCCAACCCGAUCUAUAUUCUCCCCUCCUCUCCUCUGUGAUUAUAGCAACCGUUUGGAUGUCGAAAGAAAUUUCGUUCCUGAAGUGUUUCUCCCUCUGUUAUUGUAGGCUUAAAAAUAAUUUCAACUGAAUAGACACUGGAAUGCCAUCUUCUAGAAACAAUCAGGCACACAGGGCCAACCCUAAAUUUCAGAUAGACAUAAAAAAUCUGACUGCAUUCCGAUGUCACAAAGAAUUUGUUCAUGAAGUAAUCCUCAUGCAUACCAACUUACCGCCCCCCCCCACGCUCUUCUCAUGGAGCCACAAUUGAUAACUUGAUUUUGGGGAAGGGGGAGUCUUCAAUUUAACUUCAAUUUGUUGUGAUGUAAACAAAUUGGGGUUGUAUUUGUUUCCCAGUUACCAGGAUUUUAAACCUGGAUUAAAUGGCGGUUUGGAAUCAUGAUCUGUGGGCAAAAAACAAAUCUCCAUUUGUUGAAGAGCCAGCAGUGAGAAAUCACAAUAUACUGGAGUUCAACUAAAGACUUCGUAGUGCACAAAAUCUUCGGUUUCAGGUUCAUGGAUGAAAGGAUCCCGUGGAAGAUUUCCAAACACACAAUGGUCCCUGUACAAGCGCUGAAAUUAUUUCUCACUGUCUGCUUUAUCUACUGAAAGUGAUUGUACCCCUCUGGUUUUUCCUGCCUGCCUCAAAGUGCAAGGUAUUUGUUCUGAUACAAUUUCAAAAACAAAGGAAAUAAAAUCUUGGAAAC